AUGUUAACAGACAUGUUCUUGCAUGAUUUUUUGGUUUCAAUUCUUCCCACGCUGCUAGAGGAUCUUCCCACGCUGCUAGAGGAUCGCCUUCUUCUGGACCCUCAACUUGUCCAGAAAGCCAGCCUUGCUUUGCUCGCAGAGAGCGCGCUGGUUUCAUUCACAAUUAGCCCGUUCAUUCACCACCAUGUUGACCGGCUUGAAAAUGAUAAUUGGCUGCUCGCCGGCCUGAUCGGUGAGCUGCUUGGUUCUAUGGCGGUCGCUUCUGCUAAUUCAUUAUCCAUUCUGUUCUCCGGUCGCUUUGUGCAAGCGGUCGCAAACACAAGCGUCGGAAUACUUGGAUUGACCAGCCUGUCACGAAAGGUAUCAACAGAUGAGUUGGACAAGAUAAAUGGAAUUAUCACCGUUGCCCUCGCCAUGGGCUCAACUGCUGGGCCUUUGAUUGCGGGUUCCCUUCUUCAGCUGGCGGGUUAUUGGAGAGCUUGGAAUUAUGCAUUCAUUGCAAGCUUGGUUGGCAUUGGACUCCAAUUUCUGAUGGUAGACACAAAGAAACCUCAAAUGCAUGGUAGGCCGAGGCCAGCAGAUCAAAAUUCCAGCGAAGCAUCUGUUGUUGAUGAACAAAGCCCCUUAAUACCAACACUCGUGACCGAAAAUGCUGUCGAGAUACAAGGUCUGCUUUCCUGGAAGAGAUUCAACAUGACCUUGUACGUUUAUCUUUUCAGGAAUAGCCAGUAUAUUGGAGGCAUCGUCAGUAGCAUCUGCUAUGCAGUUGUUUCAUCAAGCUUCAGUACCACGUUGCCCCUACACGUUCGUCAUGUUUUCAAUUGGGGAAGUCUGCCGACGGGGCUUCUCUUUGGAGCAAUCCAAGGCCCGAAUGCGUUUCUUGGCGUUCCAGUAGCAUGGUUGAAGAAACGAAUAGGCACUCGCCAUCCAACGACUUUUGGUUUCGCUAUCCUGGCCAUAAUGUUAUGGCUCAUAGGUAUUCCAGGAGAGGAGAAAUUCCCGUGGUUUAAUCGUGAAAGUCGAGACGAGAUUUUGUACGUAACAGGUGUCAUGGGAGCGGGAGUUUCCAUGUCCUUGUUGAAUGGGGUUGGCAUGAUGGAAGCCACUAAUGCCGUUUACGAGUUGGAGACUGAACACCCAGAAGUAUUCGGCAAACGUGAAGGAUACACCAGGGCGGUGUUUGUCACCCGAAUGAGUUGGACGCUUGGGACCUUUGUCGGGCCCAUUCUUUCGGGAACGCUAAGCGAACGAAUCGGAUAUUACGCGAUGAAUUGCGUCGGGGAUAUGCACUAUGUGUUCCCUUUUUGCGUUUUGGAACUUGAAAUCCACCGUGCCUCGGCAUCCCGUCAGUGGGCUAGUGAGGAAGUGAAAACCGAGCGUUCCGACAAGGCAGUCCGAGUCGCGUAA